AUGGACGACAUAUCUCAUGUUGAGGAAGCAAUGAAACGUUUGCACUCUCACAAGGGUGUGCGGGGAACGGUGGUUGUGAACGCGGAUGGCAUCCCCAUCAGGACCAAUCUGGACCGUGAGCUAGCAAAUCAGUAUGCCGCACUUGCAAGUCAGCUGACUGGCAGAGCGAGGAGGGCGGUGAAGAACUUGGCUGUUGGUACAGCGGGCGAGGCAGAGGAUGAGUUACAGGUCAUACGAGUCAGGUCAAAGAAGCACGAGGUUGUUAUCAUUCCUGAGUUUGACAAGGGCAGGGAAUUCACCCUCAUUGUCAUUCAGGACCCUUCAGCACAUCAGCCUUUGUUCUCAGAGAAGGUCGCUGCUCAGUGA